CUGGCGGCCGGGCGGGAGGAGCGAGCGGGCUCCGGGCUGAAACCCGAAACCUCCGGUCCCCGCGCGGCCCGGGGAAGGAAGCGGCGGCGGCCAGGCGGGCGGUGGCCGGUCGGGCCCUGCGCUGCCGCGCGGCGGCCCCUGGAUGCUCAGCAUGCUGCACCCGCCCCACGCCCAGGCGCGCUGACCAUGAGCCUCAACUCCUCGCUGGGACACCGGAAGGAGCUGAGCAACCUCACGGAGGCGGCGGCCGCGGCCGGCGGGGGCAUCGUCGUCGCCGAGUUCAUCGCCAUCGUCGUCAUCACCAUCUUCGUCUGCCUGGGCAACCUGGUCGUCGUGGUCACCUUGUACAAGAAGUCCUACCUCCUCACCCUCAGCAACAAGUUCGUCUUCAGCCUGACCCUGUCCAACUUGCUGCUGUCCCUGCUAGUGCUGCCGUUCGUGGUGACGAGCUCCGUCCGGCGGCGAUGGGUCUUCGGGGUGGUCUGGUGCAACUUCUCCGCCCUGCUGUACCUGCUCAUCAGCUCGGCCAGCAUGCUCACCCUCGGGGUCAUCGCCAUCGACCGCUACUAUGCCGUCCUGUACCCCAUGGUGUACCCCACGAAGAUCACGGGGAACCGUGCUGUCAUGGCGCUGGUGUACAUCUGGCUUCACUCCCUCAUUGGCUGCCUGCCACCUCUGUUCGGCUGGUCGUCGGUGGAGUUUGACGAGUUCAAGUGGAUGUGCGUGGCCGCCUGGCACCGGGAGCCCGGCUACACCGCCUUCUGGCAGAUCUGGUGCGCCCUGUUCCCCUUCCUGGUCAUGCUCGUGUGCUACGGCUUCAUCUUCCGCGUGGCCAGGGUCAAGGCCCGCAAGGUGCACUGCGGCACCGUGGUCGUGGUGGAGGGCGACGCCCAGAGGCCGGGGAGGAAGAACUCCAGCACCUCCACCUCCUCCUCGGGCAGCCGCCGGAAUGCCUUCCAGGGCGUCGUGUACUCGGCCAACCAGUGCAAAGCCCUGGUCACCAUCCUGGUGGUCAUCGGGGCCUUCAUGGCCACCUGGGGCCCCUACCUGGGGGUCAUCACCUCGGAGGCCCUCUGGGGGGAGAACUGCGUCUCCCCGAGCCUGGAGACCUGGGCCACGUGGCUGAGCUUCACCAGCGCCGUCUGCCACCCCCUCAUCUACGGGCUCUGGAACAAGACCGUGCGCAAGGAGCUGCUGGGCAUGUGCUUUGGGGACCGGUAUUACCGGGAGCCAUUUGUCCAGCGGCAGAGGACGUCCAGGCUGUUCAGCAUUUCCAACAGGAUCACAGACCUAGGCCUGUCCCCGCACCUCACGGCACUGAUGGCCAGCGGCCAGCCCCUGGGGAACAGCAGCAGCACAGGAGACACCGGCUUCAGCUGCUCCCAGGACUCAGGGACCGAUGUGAUGCUGCUGGAAGACUGCAUAUCUGAUGACCAGCCUCCCUCCCACUGCACUUGCCCCCUGAAGAGGAGGAGCUCAGUGACCUUCGAAGACGAAGUGGAACAGAUCAAAGGGUCCUCCUCCCUCGAGUCCUCCGCUUCCCAGCUGACUGAUCAGGCAGCUGCCAGACUGGGCAGACCCGGGCUGCCGAACUCUACGCAGGCACACGUGUCCUCAGACCGACUCCAUCCUCCCCAGAAAGCUGCCAGGACCCCCGUCCUCCAUGUGAAAGCCGACGUGCACAAGUCCUUGGACAGCUACGCAGACGGCUUGGCCAAAGCCAUAGAGGCUGAAGCCAAAGUCAACUUAUUCGGAGAGGAGGCUUUGCCCGGAGUCUUGCUAGUGGCAAGGACCGUCCCAGGGGCUGGGUUCGGGGGCCGCCAGGGCGGCCGAGUGCCCGUGAGUCAGAGGCACCAGCUGCAGAGCAUCGAGGAAGGGAACAUUCUCACUUCGAAACAGAAAUGAGGGCCUCAGGGUGGCCUGUCCCCCCCAGGCAGACACCCGCGGCCGACCCACCGAGCCGGGGCCUGGGAGCACGGGGCAGGAACGGCAUCUGGUGUGCAGGUGCCUGAAAACACACGAGGACUGUGCCCAUGGCCAGAGACUGCAGGGUCAGUGUGAGCCCCCACGUGGGCCUCUCGCAGACCCCCUGACGGGACCAAAGGCAUCAAAAGCACAAAGAAACGCAGACAGAGGUGUGGCCGUGCCUUUCUGGGUGGUGGGGCGUGGAGGGGGGCCUCGAAACCGGGCUGGGAAUGGGAAGGAAGCACCAGGUGGGUCCUGUUCUCCCAUUCAGGCCUGCAUCCCGGAUGCCCACGCACUGCCCCAGGGGCAGAGGCUCGGGAGGCAAGCCCUUCCCAGGGCGCCCGGGCUUCCGCAGGGUCCCUAGAGGAGACCCCAGCAGCAGAGCCCCCACGACUCGUACCCACGCCUCAGCGCUAGUUGGGACCUUGCCUGGGUGAAGCCACCUGCUGGUGGUCCCGGGCAGUCACAGACCUCCUCCCUACUCACUGAUUCUUUGCUCUUUCAAAAGAAGGGAGAAACCACUAUCCAAGAUGGGAGGAAGGAGCAGGUACCAGGUGCUUCCUUUCCAGAAUUUAAAAAAGCAAAUGUAUUUGGUUAGGACAUGCCACCGACUUACCAAGCUUGGACACGGCUGCGGUUCCGGCCAGUGAGGAGGUGGCGACACUGUUGUCCUAGAGGAACCCCUUUUCCUCGGGAAACCUCUCAGAGGGACUCCCUGCGAGAUGCUUGAUUGACAGGAGAUGAGGCAGAACAGCAAUGGUGCUGGGCCUGGAGCCACACCCAUGCUCCCGGCCUGGCUCCGCCCCUUCUUUCUCCGGUCACCUGGGCCUUCCCAUCCAGUCUCUGUGCCGGAAGAUGGAAUGUGAGCGUGGGGCAUCAGAUUGAAUGGUCUCCAAGGUCAUUUUCAACUGUUGACCUUUGAUGAUCUUUGUCAGGUAGAGAUCGGGGUGGGGGGGGUGAGGACCCCCAGACUAACGCUGCACAGCUUCCUAACGUGGUUUCUAAGGUUUCUAGAGGCCACAGGCCCAGCUGUGCGGACUCCCCAGCUGGUGUGACCCCGCCCUCCAAGAUGCAACUAUGAAGGAAAAGACGCCCCCUCCCAGGUGGAGUGGCUUCGUGGGGGUAGACCUCUGCCCCCUCCCCUCGGAGCUGGGACAGCAGUGAGGUGGGGCCUGGAGCGGUGGCCAGGUGACGUGGGGGAAACAUUUGCCUGGCCCUCCGAGGCGCAGGUGGUCAGCAAAGGGGACCGGCAGCGUGCGCCCGGCAGCUGCUCCUGAGUGUGGUGCGUGCGGGGGGUCAGCCAGCUCCCAGAGAGGCGGUUUCUUUCUUGCUGAGUAAGCACAGUGGUUGGCUGGGCCCUGGUCUGCAGUUUGCAAAGACCUUGACUGAGACCUGGGGGCUUGCCACCUUCACUGUGGUCAGGCUCACUACAAGUCUGGGCCAGCCAAGUGCCAGGCACUGGGCAGGCUCUGGGGGAGGGGAGGAAGAGCAGAGGGCUUUUCUAGGGCAGAGGUGGCUUCACUGGCAGGUUCUUCUCCAUCAGGGGGUGUUUUACAUGGUCUCUGUGUGUAUUCCCAGCACUUGUGUAGGUCAUAAAGGGACCCUGUUCCUGCUCAGCUGGCAUGUGUGGGGGCGGGGCUGGGUGGAGGCCUCCGCCUGAAGGUGAGAGUAACCUGGGGCACCAGUGAGGCCUCUCCGAGGGCAGCCAGUGGGCUUGGAAGCCCAGGGUUGGAGAGUGCACCCCCUGGGCUGGGCUGAGUGCUAGGAAGGGUCCGGAGACCCCAGGUCCCCACAGGUGUGGCCCAGACAGGCUGGGACUUACUGGAUCAGAUCUGAGCCUAUCUGAAAGGGCGGCACCUCACCAGAGGACUUGCUGUCACCUUGCCUCCUACCGAGUGAGGUCCUCCACUCACCCCUCCACCAGCCCCUGCCCCUGCACCAUGCAGGGCACCGAGCCCAGCCUGUGAGCGGUGACAGGACGUCUUUCCACUUAAUUCAGGGAGAGACCCAGGACGCUGAUGCUGUAAGUGGCUGAGACCAGUACCGAUGACAGAAAGGACUGGGCUGCAGGGGAGGUGACCGCCUCCAGCUGUGGGUGGGGGUGGAGAGGGGGUAGCUCCCCGGAGGCGGCAGGUGGAGCCAAGCCUUGGAGGAUGUUUGGCAGCGAGAACCACAUUUUGCAGAGUUGGGAACUCGAAGUUGCCAGUUCCAUCUGGGAGAGCGAGAGAGGGAGGGAGGAGGACUGGGGGGAAUCGCACACAUUCUGAAGCUUCUGAGAGGCAUUUCUGAGGACAGCUGCUCUUGGUGCGGGUCAAAACCCCACUGCCCACGAAACCCAGGCCCAUAUACGCUCCUGACACCUCCCUGAGGGACUGACUGCAUGCACUGUGGCAGGUGGGGCAUUUGGCCCCUUGUCCACUUAGAAACCUUCCUGUGUCUCUUGGUUUCCACAGGACGUUUAGGACUGUUGCCCACCUUGGCUUCUUUGAUUGGGAUUGCCACCUGACAGGUCCCUGUGCUGCACCCCCCCCCCCCCCCCCAGUACCAGGGCUCAGGGCUAUUGUGACCUAGAGGCCUGGGAACCCCGCAGCCUACGGUGCAGCCUCUUCCCCGGCCUGGGAAGGCUGCAGUUCAGCACCGUAGACACUAGGUGGCAGCAGUGGAAAGCACUAAGGAGACACCUGAAAUUCUUGCUCAGAACUUGUC